CCCCUUUUCCCUCAUGGCUGGAUACCUGCACCUAGAAAAACUGCCCCAUCUGACACAUGAACAGAAAUUGUCCAUUCGUCGAUUCUGUUCUACCGUUGACUCAGAGAUCUCAACUAUCGACACAGAAAUCCAGGAUGUCGAAGACCAAUUGGAACGCCUCGAAGUCCCACGCCAACUGCUCUUGACUUCUCGCGAAGAAAAGGCCAAGCUCCUCUUUUCGCACAAGGCCCUUUUCUCCCCAAUCCGCUCCCUUCCUGCAGAGACGUUACAAGAGAUCUUUGUUCACACUCUGCCCGUUCACCAUAACGCAGUCAUGCAAUCGAAACAGUCGCCACUAAUCCUGACCUAUAUUUGCAAAGAAUGGAGAAGUCUAGCUCUGUCUACCCCACGGCUGUGGUCGUCCGUCCAUAUCAUCAUCCGCGACGACGAGCAUCUGGCUGGAGCAGAGAAGUGGAUCCAACGCUCUGGAAUGCUACCGCUCGGCAUUUCUUUGAUGCUUCCCGAAACUAAGAUCCGCCCUUCAGAAUAUACGUACAGGUCUCAAGCCGUAAACCUGGGAAAUAGUGUGAUCGCACGGUACAUGGGGAUGCUGAGCAGACUAUCCUUGGAUUUGUCGUUUCCGUCUCCAUUCUUGCGUUAUUUUCAGCCUUUCGGCAUUACCCAUACCCCAUGCCUCGAAAUGUUCAGGAUGGAGGACGCGUGGACGUUGCCAAAUCCCCGGUGUACCGUGGACAUGAACUGUUGGUCCUAUAAUCUGCAGUUCUUGGGUGAUGCUCCAAAAUUACAAGGCAUUCGUUUCUCGCAUUUGAAAGAUAUGUUCUACCUCCCAACAACCUCCUACGCACGUAUCAAGGACCUUAGUCUAUCGCGCAUUAUAAGGGAAACUACAGAAGAGAAGUACACAAACCUCAUACAGAUCCUUUCCCAAUGUACCAGCAUCCGCCAACUCGACCUCUUUACUACUGAUACAUACGACAAUAGCGGGAUAGAGGAAGAUCCGUGGAACCCUCUUUCCCAUGGAUCACUCACCCUUCCCCUCCAGCGACUAUCAGUUUGUCUCAAGAGAGUCACUGCCCCGCUUAUGACAGCUCUCAUCUUACCCAACCUUGUCGACCUCGAAAUCAUCGAUAUCCCAUUCACCCCCCACUACGUGGAUGCGACAAAGACCUACCUUUCACAAGUCACACCUUCGCUCAAAGCGCUGACCCUCAAAUUGUCGCGCUAUGACCUCGUUCCUAGGCUCUUGGAGCUGACCCCUCAGGUUAUAUAUCUCGAAAUUGAGGACGAUCAUAUCCACAGAAGUUAUACUUCAACGCAUCCUGUCGACCCAACAUCACCGAUUCACGAUCCGUCAAUUAAGUCCUUCUUCAAGAGUCUCGCUCCCAGGCAUGAUUCCACCUUGCUCUGCCCAGAAUUGACCACUAUUGAACUCCAUUCGGUCGAAUUUCGCUCGUCUGACGCCUCAGAUCUCGAGCUCCUCGAGUGUCAACGUAAUAAUUACCCAUUCAGUCUCCAUCCCAUAUCGAAAAUAUCUGUUCAUUGCCGGCUGUGGAUGGAUGAUGAUACUCGUGAUGCGUUCCGCAGAAUCGAACAGCACGGUGCCAUUGUUCAGCUAACCAGUGGGCCUCGUCCGAAGAAGGUCGUCGGAAAGACAAGAGGUUCCCUGAUGGACGGGUUGCCGAUUCGAAGUCACGUGAAUGAGGCUGGACAUGGAUUUGAAAAGGUUCGGUAUUGGAAAGGUCUAGAUGUGGUUUCAUUUGAGAGCUCUUUCGACGGAUACUGAAGAGUUUUUCUCUGGGCCUUCCUUGCUACGAGUCGUGAUAGAUACGGUUCAUAUCUUGUUUUAAAAGAGAAUACAUUGAUUCACUUAGAUACCUACGAUAUCGGAAUUUUGAUGAACAUGAAGAUUAAAAACUAGAAUAAAUACCGUCCCGAGCAGUUUGUUACGAAUGACCAGAUACAUGUCCUGACUCUUAGGUUCGAAACCUUUU